AUGGCUUUGCAAUCGGCUGAGGGGAGGAUCCACCUCGUAACUUUUGUCAGGGAUGAUCCAGAAGAUCCAGUCAACUGGCCGAAGUGGAAGAAAGUCAGUGUGGUCAUGAUGUUAUGCGUCCUGGCUUUUUGCUCGGUCUUUGGUUCGUCUUCCUACGCUCCCGGGCAGCAACAGCUUGAACGGUUGUAUGGUAUCAACGAAAUCGCCGCGAGCUCAGGACUGACCCUCUACGUCCUUGGCUUUGCUUUUGGGCCACUCAUAUCAGGUCCCAUGUCUGAGAUGUACGGUCGCAAGGUUGCAUAUAUGCUCUCAUGGCCAUUGAUGAUUGUCUUCAAGUCCCUUUUAGUCCGUUUUCUAACAGGCGCAUGCGCUGCCUGCGCCCUCAAUAAUGGUAGCGGUGUCAUUACGGAUAUGUAUCACAACGACAUUCGGGCACAAAGUCGAGCCAUCGCCUGGUACUCGUUCUGCCCCCUCUCGGGACCAUGUUUUGGUUCUCUCGUUGGAUUUUUUGUUGCAGCUACUACAAACAGCGGAUCAGGUUUAUGGGUUGUCCGUGUCCAUUUUUUCUUCGCAAUCGCCUGCUGGCCACUCGUCUUUCUUCUCCCUGAAACACAUGGACCGUCUAUCCUCUCUAAGCGCGCCAAGAAACUGCGUGCAGAAGGAAAUGAGAAUGCGCGUGCAGCCCACGAAAUUCAUAAAGAAUCAAGGAAGCAAAUUCUACAAAAACACAUAUUGCGGCCAACGCAGAUGCUUUUGUACGAACCUAUAAAUCAAGGGGCGGCUAUAUGGAUUUCAUUAGCCUACGGCAUCGUGUACUUUUUCUUCGAAGCCUACCCUGUGGUCUUUAUUGCACAGCAUGACAUUCCGUUCCGACUGUGUGGUUUGCUUUUCCUCCCUAUUCCAAUCGGACAGUUCCUUGUUGUAGCGCCGUACGAACGGAUAACUCGUUUCUUCUCUCAGCUGCCGCUUCCAGGAAUCGAAAAGAAGGGCGUUACACCUCAGCCGGCGGAAGCGCGACUCAAAGUGGUACUCUCUGCUUGUUUACUCUUGCCCGUGUCUCUCUUCUGGUUUGCCUGGACAAGCGGCCCAGAGACGCACUGGGUUGCACCUGCCCUUGCAGGGAUUGCGUUCGGAUAUUCCAUGAUGGCUAUCUUCAUGUGUUUCCUCGCAUACGUCUCACAGACUUACACAGUGUAUGCGUCAAGCGCUUCCGCUUGCAACGUUUUCGUCCGUUCCAUUAUUGCGUCCGCUUUUCCGGUAUUUGCAAACAGCCUGUUGAGCUCGGUGGGGACUAAAUGGGGCCUCUCUCUGUUUGGCUUUCUGUCUCUAGGUCUCAUCCCCAUCCCCCUCUUUUUCAUCCGUUAUGGCGAAAAGCUCCGUGAGCGCUCUAAAUUUGCACAGGAGGCGCGUAAGAUUCUAGAGCAAAUGAGGGAAGGACAGGAAGGGACCUCAGAGAAGACGCAGGUGGAAUCAGAUGCUGUAGAAUUGGAGUCUGAAGCAGCAAAAGGAGCGAAGAUAGAGCAAAGGGAGGUGAACAGCUCACUAGAGGCCGUAUGAUGGCCACACCGCAUACCGUACAUUACUUUAUACCAUUGGCCGUGAUGGUUCACUGAUACACAGG